UUUCUCAAGUGAAGCUUUAACGAAGAGGAUUUUCGUGUGCCCAAAGCUUCGAUUUUCCUUCGAAUUUAAAGGUUGUUACUUGUUACUCGCAUUUCCCAUUUCUUUCUUUUAUGGCUUGAGUGAAAGGAGUGAUGAUUUUUGAAAUGGAGGCUAGGUAGGAUAUUGUGUGUAGAGUAGUGUAGUAGAGAUUGGUGGCAUUGAUGGGCUAAUGUUAAUUGUAAUGAAGGAGAAGUUUUAGGAGUGAGAUCCACCCACUCUUUAAAUUUUUCAAGAGCUUUGCCUUUUGCUUGCUCUGCUCCUUCUUUCUGCUUUGAGACUUUCUUUUGGUGUCCCAUUUUUUCUCUUUCUUUGUUCUUUGUUCGUGUCUUUUGUGUGCUUUAUUUCACGAAGAAGAACCUGAUUCUCUAAACACGAGGAAACGAAUUACUUUUCUGUUUCUUCUUCUUCUUCUUCUUCUUUUUAUUUUUUUUAUUUGGCUUUUCUUGCUUUUUGUCUCGGCUAUAUUUCUCUCUAUCUCUUAUCUUCAUCUCCAUCUUCUCCGAGAGAAACAGAGAUUCUCUGCUCUUCAAGAUAAAGAGAGAGAGAGAGAGAGAAGCGGAGAGAUAUCUGGCUACUAAAUUGAUUAACUUUCUCUUUCUUUGGAACAAAAACAAAAAACCCAAAUGCCAUUUUUUCGGUUAUUUCAGCCUUGCAUUUCGCUUACUAACUAAUACACCAAAAACUCUCUCUCUCUCUCUCUCUCCCCUUCAGUAUUCCUCUCAAUAGUCAAUGUUAUCUAACUUGUAUUUGUUCCAUUGAAGAAGCUUAAAUUGUGAAGAGAAAGACAGUAGCAACGAUAAGAAAAGAUCUGGGUUUGGCUUAUUCUGGCUGGAUUUUUUUGGUCUUUGAGGAAGCAGAAGUAGAGCUGCUGGUGGUGGUGGUGGUGGUGGUGUUGGUGUGUUAAAAUGAUUAAAAGAUGAUAGAAAUGGACAAGAGUAAAGACGUGAGGCCAAGAGCCAGUCGGUUCUCAAGACAACAGAUUAAGCAAUCUGGACACAAGCUUCUCUCUGGUUCGAAUGGUGGUGACUUUGUUGUUUCUUUGGAGAAAUCGAAGAGAAUUAAAAGAUUGAGUGCUGUUAAUAAUAAUAUUAAUAAAGGGAGUUGUAGUUACGAGGUGGAGAAAGAAAAGAAGUGUGAGAUGGGUGGUGGUGGUGUUGGUGGUUGUGAGGAGUCUGACAAAGAAGUUCAAGCACCGUCUACUUUUAUUGGUGUAGUUAGUACAAGCAACAAAAGAUUCAAGCUUCCCAGAAAGUUUUUGGAUGAUUGCGAUGGUGUUGAUCAUGCAACUGUUCCAAGGAAGCUACGGUCAGCCAUGAAGAAGCGCAAUCGCGAAUCUAUCUCUCCACAUGUUCCUGAUUCAAAGAAGCUGAACCACCCUAACAGUGGAGUGGAAUCACCCAAAAGGGAUGGUUUAAAGAAAUCGAGACUGAAUGUGAAACAACCAAGCCCAGACUGGUCCAGAGAACAGAGUGGCUGUGGGCCAAUAACCAAAGACGAGGAAGAAGUUGUGGAGACCUUAUAUUCUUUGGCAGGAAUGUUCACUGACAACGAAGAACCUAAAAAUGACUGUAAAUUGGAUAAUACUUCUUUGGAUGCAAGUCCUUCAACAUUGCAAGAGCCCACUGUAAAAGAGGACUUGAAUCUAAUUUCCCUCCCGAGAAUUGACGAGGCUGCUGAGAAAACAUUGCUUGACGAAACUCCUAAAGUUGAUUAUUUGAACAAGCCUAGUGCUCAAGAACGACCUUAUUUGCCCACUGAUAAAAUCCAAGGUGAAUUAGGCGGUCGUGUUGCUCAAAUGAAUCUGCCCCCUAUUUUGGCUAAACAGGAGGAGCUAAAGUCAUUGUGCAAUUCUAUCAAUCUUUUCAUUGCCCCUGAGCAAUACCGAAAUACUCCCAAAGUGAAGCACUCCACACGGUUGGAGACCUCACUUGAGAGAAAGCCAGACAUUGCAUUGGGGCUGACAGCAGCUGUAAGUAAACUAGAUCAACGGCAUACAAUCUGUCAAUCCAAGAACAAUGGUCCAGCAUUGUGGCCAGGUUUGUCUUCAACUGUAUCAAGUGGUGCAUGCAAUCAUGGUUCUUCAUCACAAUCCUCUGCCACCAAAUUUCCUUCUUGGAUGGAUACUGCUCUUGGUGCUACCAGGCCCAAUUCAUUCCAGAAUUGUUCGUCUAUUGGAAAGGUUUCUAAAGUCAGCACCGAUAAAAGAUCAUUGAGGAGGUCCACAACUCAUGUUUACAUAAGUCAUCUCAUUCGGGUUUUACAAAUUCCAGAGAGCAAAGACAGCUUGCCACCACAUCUGAAUCAACCGAGGCCACAGGAUAUAUUAAGGCAAGGUGCAUUCAUGACAAUGAACGACUUCAAUGGCAACAGGAAUGGUUUGAAUGGAGCUACAUCUGCUAGAGCCAUAAUUAACAUGGUCGACAAGAAUUCAAAUCAAGUUGAAAUGGCUACUCUUCUACAGAGAACACUCCAAGAUCAGCCACAGACUUCAUCAGCAUCUGGGGUGCACAAUUCUCAGAAGCAGACUUUCAAUUUCUUGUCCUUGUCAACUGGUGGGAGCGGCUUAGAAGCUAAUAACAGUUCCAGUGGGGUUGGAAAGUGGUCUGAACAAUCGGCUCAGCUGCAAUUUCCUUACCUGCACUCACAUUUGCAACAGCAACAUUCCACACUCGUGCCUUUCCCUAUGUCCCAAACAUAUUACUCAUCUCACCCUGAUCAGCCUGCAGCAGCACAGCAGGCCCAGAUUCAACAACCCUCCUACCUUGGCAACUUGUACUGUGGUACUCGUGCAAGUCCUACGGGCUUCACAAAGCAGCAUCAGAAACAGAACCAACAGCAGCAGCAGCUGCAGCACCAACAGCAACAACAAAACCGGCUUUGGGCAGCUCAGUUAGCAGCAGCUCAAUGUAGGACAGUUGGAAAUUCCACAGCUAUGACUCAAUUUCCAAACUGGCAAAAUGGAAGGCAAGAGUCGCCUGCACAGAUAUCAUUCGCCCAAACCAUCAUCCCUACUUCGUCAUCUCAAGAAGCAAUUGGUCCCAAGCACGCUCAAAUCUCUCAGCAGCAGCUUAUGACCAUCACUACAUUGCCUCAUGCUAGGGUCAGAAGACAAGACCACCAUCUCUCUUCUGUUUAUGAAGAAAAUGGAGGUGGGUUUCGAACUGGUGGUGCACUGCCAUUGCAAUUACUCUGUAACGAGAGCCUAUGAAAUGGGAAUGGGAUGGCUGAAGGCUGUUGUCUAUCAGAUGAGCAGUGAGAUAAUUUUAUUCUGUGUGUUAAUACCUGUGAUUCCUCGGCACCAUCAAAUGGGGAAUGAACAUCAAAGUUAUCCUUGGGUGUUCAAUUGAAAUGGGGAGGACAGCAGGCAGGGGAAGUUAGCUGAUAAAAAGUGGUGACGACGUUUAGUACUGUCGCCUUUUUACAAGUACAUCUUGAUCAUUUUCAAAGAAAAUUUAAAUAGAAAGGAAAUUGUAGAAUGUCGUUGUCUCUUUUGAGUACCUUCAAUCCUGUAAGCUAGCUCAUGGUUUUUGCUUAUUACCACGGUUUUUUUUUUUAGAUUGAUAAAAUAAUAUAGUUUGAAAAAUAAUUAGUACACGUUGUAAUUAGAAAACUCAACAUUCAAAUUAAUUACUUUUGGUGAUUUUUUUUAA